AUGGAUAUGAGUGGCCUCUCCAGCAACUGGAAGAAGCUACAGGCGACGUUGAAGAAGGAUAGCCCCUCAACCACUACAUCAAGCACAAAACGCAAAGCCUCAGACCGAGACUCGGGCUCUGGUCCCAUCAAGAAACACAAAUUUACCGACAAGAAACAGACAAAACGCGCGCCAAGUGCCUAUAAUCUACAGAGAAUGGGGGACGCAUCUAAAAUCGCCGGAAAUGGGGAGUCAACUCCUUCUCUACGAAGAAAGUCCAGUGCUGGAUUCUCAGCACAGCCUGCCGCUGAUGCUCAGAAUACCAAGGUGAAUGAGGGCCGCUCAAAAACGGCCGAGCUCGGAAAAUACAUCGCCAUGGAUUGUGAGAUGGUUGGCGUAGGCCCAAAUCCCGAUCAUGACUCUGUCCUUGCGCGUGUCAGUAUCGUCAACUUCAACGGCGACCAAAUCUACGAUUCAUAUGUACGACCCAAGGAGAUGGUAACAGACUGGCGAACCCAUGUCAGCGGCAUCGCUCCGAAGCACAUGGUAGAGGCACGAACUCUCGAAGCAGUACAAAAGGAGGUGGCCGAUAUCAUGGAUGGCCGAAUUCUGGUCGGUCACGCCGUGAGCAACGAUUUGGACGCUUUACUGCUUGGUCACCCCAAGCGCGAUAUCCGAGACACGAGCAAACACCCCGAGUACCGGAAGAUUGCUGGUGGUGGUUCCCCGCGACUGAAGAUUCUUGCGGAGCAUUUCCUUGGAUUGAAGAUUCAGGAUGGUGCACACUCUUCGGUAGAAGAUGCGCGUGCGACUAUGGCGUUGUAUAGAAGGGAAAAGGACGCUUUCGAACGGGAACACUUGAAGAAGUGGCCUGUGCGGGCUCCUGUGGAUGGCAAGGAUAAGGGAGACAAGAAGAAGAAAAAGAAGAAGACUACUCGCAAGCGGUGA